AUGGACUCUCAGAAGCGCAAAUUCCAGGGCGCCGCUGGGAGAGGUCCCAAUAAGGCGCCUAAAAUGGGCGAGGGCGGCGGGCCAAUGUCCGCAUUCGCGAAGAAGAUGAUGGAGAAGAUGGGAUGGAAGGAGGGACAAGGUCUGGGAGAGAGCGGAGAAGGCAUUGUCAACCCGAUCGAGGUCAAGCUUCGACCGCAAGGUGCUGGUGUGGGGGCGGUGAAGGAGCGCACGGAGCAAUACAAGGAGGAGCAGCGUCGCGCCGCGGAGAGGAGAGGCGAGACGUACGAGGACAGCAGUGACGAGGAACGCCGGGCGCGCAAGGAGCGGAAGAAGAAGACGCUGGCCGGGCGGAGCGGAAUCAGCGGAGGCGAUAGCGGAGCCAGCACCCCAGGUGGAGGCAGGAAGCCCAAGACGAAAUACAAGACCGUGGCCGAUGUGCAGGCCGCGGCGCCGGGACUCGAUGUGCCUUUGCCUAUGCUGCGCUCCAUUGUGGAUGCAACCGGCAGCCAGACACGAAUGCUGACCAGUGCUGCGGGUCUUAUGACACCUACUACCAUGCCGUUGGACUCGGAAGCCGACAAGAUCGCGAAGCGAGAACGACUGGAGCUUGAGGCUUCCAUCGAAGCAUGGCACGGCGUUCAAGAACAGAAGGUCUAUAUUGAGGAGCAAGCAGGUCAUCAGAAAAUCGAGCUUGACCAGCAAGAAGACGAACUGGCGAAGCUGCAGUCGGUGCUGGAGGCAGUGGAACGGCUUCAGAUCGUUUCCUCGGGAGGAGGGCUGAAUACCGAUACAAACUUCGCCGCCAAACAAGGUCUGGAAAAUUCCUCUCAAGUGCUUGACUGGUCGGAGCUCAUAGAUGCACUCGAAAAGCUUCAGCUUGAACAUGGGCAUGAAAUCUCUCGAUGCGGCCUGCUCGACAUUGCCGUAGGUGCACUGUGUCCGGCUUUCAAAAAACAUAUUGCCGAGUGGGAUCCUCUCGAAGACCCAGAGUUCCUCACAUCGGAUCUCCAGCGCAUCACGGUUCUCCUCGGCCUUGGUACACAGGACGAAGUGGUCACAGCACGCGAAUUGACCACCCUGGACGAGGGAUAUGGCAAGAGUAAGCGGCAAAAAGCAACCACAGCUUAUGAGACGAUGAUUUAUCAGAUUUGGCUACCCAAGCUGCGAACCACGAUCACGAACUGGGAUGUCCUCAACCACGAGCCUCUGACGACCCUCGUCGGUGCUUGGAGACCGCUUCUGCCGGCUUUUGUAUACAGCCAUCUCGUGGACCAGCUGAUCGUGCCGAAAUUAAGUGCUGCAUUGCAGGCGUGGGAUCCUCGAAAGCGAAGCCAUCAUCACAAGCACGCAACUCUUAAACAUGCGGAGCCCCACACUUGGAUCUUCCCUUGGCUACCCCACCUGCUUCCCCAUCAACUUGAUGCCCGAAAUGAAGGCCUUCUUGUUGAUGUGAAGCGAAGGCUCAGACAGGUCUUGGAUGGUUGGGAUGUUAGCUCAGGUGUUCUAGCUGGAUUGUUAGCAUGGCGAACCCUUCUUCAUUCGGAGCUCGAUCAGGUUCUUGUCAGACAUCUGCUACCCAAGCUUGCACGGCACUUGACGCAGUACUUUGAAGUAGACCCGUCUGACCAAGAUUUGACUCCGCUGGAAAUGGUCCUUCAAUGGCAGUCACACUUCAAGUCCGAGGUCAUGGCGAGACUAUUGGUCGCGGAGUUCUUCCCGAAGUGGCUUUCAACCCUGCAUCUCUGGCUGACUUCUGAUGAAGCUAAUUUCGAGGAGGUCGGAGCUUGGUUUGCGUGGUGGAAGCAGCAGAUCCCCGAGACCCUUAAUGCAAAGCCGGAUGUCGCAAAGGAGUGGGGGCGAGGGACAGAGAUGAUCAAUAACGCCAUGGACCUGCUGGAGUCCGACAUCCCCCUCACCAAGCUUGCGGCGCCUGCAGCUGGCCCUGUUCGACCCAUCGCCAAGGAAAUUGGCAAGAAACUCGAGGCUUCUGUUCCGAAAGUUACAGUGGCUCGGGACGUCGCUCAGAACUUCAAGGAUACUGUCRAAGCUUGGUGCGCGGAGCAGGAUCUUACCAUGGUUCCGCUGCGAGAAGCACAUCAUCAGACGGGAUUGCCGCUGUUCAGAAUCACCRCAAGUGCCACCGGCAAGGGCGGCGUGGUCGUGUAUAUCAAAGGAGACAUUCUUUGGGCACAACGAAAGGGCGACCGCAGUCUCUUCGAUCCGGUCGGUUUGGAGGACGCAUUGAUCGAACGGGCCGAGGGGAGGUAG